CCGACUUUCCAGUACGCGGCUCGUGUGCACGAGGUAAACACGGCUCCCAUGGCAAUUAGAAUGGAAUGAUACGUGGGGAAGCCUCGACCAGUCCGCUUCUCUUUGAAUCACAAUGUACGGAUUUGUGAAUUACGCCCUCGAGUUGCUGGUUGUGAAGACCUUUGACAGCGAGACGUGGGAGGCGAUAAAGAAAGAUGCCGCGGUUAACAUGGAAGGACAGUUCCUGGUCCGUCAGAUAUACGACGAUGAAAUCACGUACAACAUCAUAUCGGCAGCUGUCAAUCGACUCAACAUUCCAGCGAACGAGAUCCUCGAGCUGUUUGGCCGGAUGUUCUUCGAGUUCUGCCAGGACUCCGGCUACGACAAGAUUCUGCAGGUGCUCGGGGCGACGCCCAGAGAUUUUUUGCAGAAUUUGGACGCCCUCCACGACCAUUUAGGCACUUUGUAUCCGGGAAUGAGGGCACCCUCUUUCCGAUGUACCGAGAGGCCCGAGGACGGAGCGCUUAUAUUGCAUUAUUACUCCGAUCGACCUGGUUUGGAGCACAUUGUGAUUGGCAUAGUCAAGACCGUGGCGAAAAAGCUUCACGGCACGGACAUAGAGAUGCGAAUACUGAAGACGAAAAACGAGUGCGAUCAUGUGCAGUUUUUGAUCACGAACACGUCCGGUCCUGGGGUCGUGUCAAAUCCCAUGAUCGCCGAGCUUGAAACUUUAUCCGUCGAACCGAAAGUGAGCCCGAUGACGUUCUGUCGAGUUUUUCCAUUCCACCUGAUGUUCAACCGAGACCUCACUAUAGUUCAAACUGGAUGCACCAUAACCCGUGUUAUCCCUCAAGUGUGCUCUGGUAAUUGCAAGCUGAACGACAUCCUUCUGACCGUAAGACCGCAUUUAGAGCUGACGUUCGAGAACAUACUGUCACACAUAAACACAGUUUACGUGCUACGAACGAAGAAGGGAGUGAUGCGAGUCGACGCUUCGGAGGAGUACUCCUAUCUCCGUUUGAAGGGUCAAAUGCUGUACAUACCGGAGUCAGACCUCGUCACCUUUCUCUGUUAUCCCAGCGUUAUGAACUUGGAUGAUCUAACUAGGCGAGGCUUGUACCUGAGCGACAUCCCCCUUCACGACGCCACCAGAGAUCUCGUGCUGAUGUCGGAGCAAUUCGAGGCUGAUUACAAAUUAACGAGGAACUUGGAAUUGCUUACCGAUAAAUUGCAACAGACGUAUCGCGAGCUCGACGGCGAGAAGCAGAAAACCGACAGAUUGUUGUACUCGGUGCUGCCCAUUUCCGUGGCGAACGAGCUGAGGCACUCGAGGCCGGUUCCGGCGAAGAAGUACGACUGCGUGACCCUCUUGUUCUCCGGGAUCGUCGGCUUCGGGGCGUACUGCGCCGCUCACACAGACUCCAGCGGCGCGAUGAAAAUCGUCAACAUGCUCAAUCAGCUGUACACGGCGUUCGACGUGCUCACCGAUCCAAAGAAGAAUCCGAACGUGUACAAGGUCGAGACUGUUGGUGACAAAUACAUGGCCGUGAGCGGAUUACCGGAGCCGUGUCGUUGCCAUGCACGAUGCAUCGCCCGUCUCGCAUUGGAUAUGAUGGAUCUAGCCGCGGACGAGGUGCAGAUCGAUGGCGAGCCAGUGAAAAUCACCAUCGGCAUCCAUAGCGGGGAGGUUGUGACCGGGGUAAUUGGACACCGUAUGCCUCGUUACUGCCUGUUUGGGAACACGGUGAAUCUCACCAGCCGAACGGAGACCACCGGCGAGCCAGGCAAAAUAAACGUCUCCGAGGACGCGUACAGAUACCUGUGCAUGCCGGAGAAUCAGGAUCCCCAAUUUUUGCUGGAGUACCGAGGACCCGUGACCAUGAAGGGCAAGUCGGAUCCGAUGAACGUGUGGUUCCUGUCCAGAGAGAGGGAGCUACCCGCGUAAACAUCGCAAACAUCGUGACCAUCGUAGCAAUAUUUUUACCACCCGGCUCGGACUCUACAUUUAUUUAGCGCAUCGCAUAGGAGAACAUACGAUUUUUACGAUUCCACGUAUCUAUGUAAACGAACGCUCUUCGACUAUCAUGCAGAAACACAAGCCGCGGGAUGUAUCUGUUUGCACGGUGUGACGCUUGAUUCCAGGACGACUUCCGUUAAACUCCGACGAUCAGCAAAAGUCGCUCAUUCGCUCUGUUUUUAACGAAUUGGAACUAUAUUGAACGACGAUGAAAUUCCAAAUUGUAGAAAACAGAUUUCUUCGUAACUGAGCUGUAAUCUACGCGUAGCGCUGACGGAUCGUUACGUUGAAAGAAGAUGAAGAAAUUUCCAAGCGAGACGUUCUCCUGAGAAUGUUCUCCGUCAGCGAAUGCCAAUUCCUCGGGCAACGUUUGAUCCUUCGGAUAUUGCAACAUUUAUUAUUCUCAAGCUAUCGAAUAGUGGAAGGCAGAACAUGGGUCGAUCUACAGUGAGAAGUCCUCCUAGGCUCAAGUCGUACUGAAAAAAAAAAACGGUUCCUCGUUUUAAUAUUAAUCAACGUCCACACGGCGAUCUCGAAUCUCCACGUCCAGUCACCGAUUUAAGUCACGACCAGUGUUUACUACCUGUAAAUGUAAGAGGCAAUCAAAUAUAAAUGUCACCGUGAUAGCGGA